CUCCCGCUUGCCCGUUACUAAGAUGGCGGCCGCGGCCUGUGUUUACGCUGUUGUCAGGAACAUUCCGCGUGAAUUCCGCUCCGCUGAUCUCCGGCUAUUUUUCUCACAGUUCACGGAGAGCGGUGGCUUCAGCUGCUUCCACUACCGCCAUCGGCCCGAGCGGCGGCAGCAGCAGCACCAAGGCACAGGUCAAGGGGCGGACGGUAGCCCGAGUCCGACUUGCUGCUGUGUGGUGAGGCUUUUGGCCGAGCGGGCCCCGCAGUUCCCGCGGAUGUACGACGGCAGCCAGUGGGUGGACAGAGCCGGGGAUUGGCAGCGGGGACGCUGCUGCAUCCGAAUGGUCAGAGCCGGGGAGAUGGUCGAUUCGGAGUUUUCAUACAAAACAAGAAAGGAGCUUCGGAGUCGGAGAGCACCAAGUGAAACUUUCACCAUUGAAGAUCUGUCCACAUUGCCAGAAUUAAACCCUCCAGCGGUGAUGCCCAGUGGGAAUGUGGGAACUCCACUGAAAGUCUUCCUGGAAUUGAUCCAGGCAUGUCGCCUGCCUCCCCGCAUCAUCACCAAGCUCUGUUUGAAGUUCCCCAAGACCAGCUCAAGUCGGCGUUAUGGGAAUGUUCCUUUCCAGUACCAGAGUUCAACCUCGGUGCACUUUAAAAGAAGGAUUGAGAUGGAAGUAACAGAAGAGUACCCACAGCAAGAUUCACCUGCUGAUUUACCAGAGUUCAAAAUGAAGCAAGAGGCAGGACAUGAAGAAUCUCCACAGAGAGAGGAAGAGGAAGAGGAGUCACAUUCAGAGAAUGACAAUGAUGAAUGUGAGGAAUGGGAGAGACAUGAAGCAUUCUAUGAGGAUGUUACCACCCAGGAUCGGGCAAAAGAACGACUGUAUGAGGAAGAGAUUGAGCUGAAAUGGGAGAAAGGAGGUUCUGGCCUUGUGUUUUACACAGAUGCACAGUAUUGGCAAGAGAAAAAAGAUUUUGAUGAGGAGACAGCAGAUGACUGGGAUGUCGAUAUGAGUGUUUACUACAACAAAGGACGAUCAGGAGAACAUGAUGGAGGUGAUAAGGAUUCCCAAGAUUUUGUGCAGAUGAGGCUGGAGCAACGACUGAGGGAGGGUCUUGAGACCAUAUCUGUGCAGUCCCCUCGUAUUGGAGACUUUGAGCAAUACACUAGGGGAAUUGGCAGGAAAGUGAUGGAAAAGCAGGGAUGGAAGGAUGGUCAAGGCCUUGGCUCCAGCAGCUCCGGAUUAGCUGAUGCUCUUGACAACGAUGGGCAGAAUCCAAAAUGCAAGCGAGGAUUCGGGUAUCAUGGAGAAAGAAUUCAGAACUUUCUGCCGAUUAAGAAAUUUUGUCGACAGCCCAGACACCUGAUUUCAACUGUGUAUGACCAACCUGAGGAGAUAGACCAGGGUGACACCCUGCUCCGAAGACAGCCAGUGACCAGCAUGAAGUACAGAGAGGACGUAAAGUUUAUUAAAGCAAAAAACCGCAAACAUUAACUCAGUGGCGUUUUACAUCUUCUGGUGCAUCCCAGGUGGAAGCUAGUUUUGUGAAUGAUGAUGGUAGAUUCUGUUUUUUAACCUUUCGAUGAGGUAGCAAAGAGCCUCUGUAGCCACUGUCUCACAGUUGUAGAGACCCAGGUCCAAUUCUGACUUCGGAUGCUGCCUGUGGAGUUUGCCUAUUAUUUCUGUGACCGCAGGGGUUUUCACCCGACAGUCUGAUUUCUCCCACAGCCCAAAGAUGUGCGGUUUGUAGAUUAAUUGGUCACUGUAAAUUGCACCCAGUGUGCAGGUGACUGGGAAAAUCUAGGGUGUGUUGAAGAAAAUGUGGGCAACAAAAUGGAAUUUAUGUAAGAUAUGUGGAAAAUGUAACAUUGAUGUGGACUCAAUGGGCUGAAGAACCGGUUUCAUACAGAUCUCUAUAUGACUACAAGGUCUUCUGUAAUCUGGGGAACCCCUGCAUUACCAAUAGUGGUUGACCGGGUAAUGUGGUUCCAAGGACUACAGAUACUAUUUCUAUAUCCCAUAAGAAGGGAUAACAUUUUGGGUUCAAAUGCCAGAUGGUUUCUUCUGGUUUUCUUUGUCCUCAGUCUGAACAGUUUGAUUUGAUUAAAGUGUUGCCAUUUUCUUGCAUAAUUAAACAGCAUGUACUAUAGGACUGGCCACUUCAACAAUAUUAUGUGGAUCCUUGUAUAAGGGUCUGAGAAUUGUACUAGCACAUCAUUUCAUACAAUUGCUUGAGUUCGAAUUUCCAGCUCUUUGGGUGUGUGGAGAAAUGUAUGUAAUCCAUUUUCAUUAUUUCUGUCCCGUUGCACGUGCCUUUAAGGCUUUCCGCAAAUCCUUCAUAAAUUAUCUUGGUUCACCUUUCAUAAAUGUGGGCAUUAACAAAUGUACAGGUGUUCCUGUGUGUCUCUCGGUGAACUGUUUAAUACGGGGAACACCUUGUUGUUUGUUAUGCUUCCCCACCUAAUAGCUAUUUGUAUUGGGGCUAGGGGAAGCCUCUUGUGUAAUUUUGUGAUUAUGUUCUCCUAACUUUCACAAUUCAAUUCAUUUCUUCCACUUUACUGGAGGACUGAGGAUAAUAGCUCAAGUCGCACAUCCUUUCUAAUGCUAAAUGUUUCACAGAAGUAUGCAUGGCAUGUCCCAUAAAAUGGCACAUUUGAUUCAGUUUCACUACCUUCACUACGUUUACUGAUAGCUUUUACUGCAGUCAAUGCCAUUGCUGCCUUGUGCGGGACUACCGUUAAAUUAAGGUUUCGACCAGUACAGGCAGAAUGCGUUGCUUUACUUGGUAAUUGACACCUGAUCGGGUCUGAUUUGAGCACACAGCAAUGAUCCCUUGACUGUUUGUAUGUGGAUAAAUGCAUGAUCUCCCUGUGGGGGCCAGCAUUUUCUGUUUCUCUUUCCACAUAACUUGAACCAUCGACAAAAAUUGCCUUUUUCUCAGGACAUUUUACUUUAAAAUCUUUUGUUUCCCACAUUUCCUCUAAUUAUGGGCUUCAGUUUGCUGCCAAAUUUAGUCCAAAGUGUUAUUUACAGGCCUUGCACUUCCCCCAAGCUAAGCCAGCAAAUGUGGUCACAAUCUGAGGAAAGCUCACAGACUAGCAGAGUAUGGUAUGAGCUGCUAUCCAGCCAUUCUUUCUUACCUCACUACUCAACCAGUUCUCCCAAGUCAAUUCAAGUGGCCAAUAUGAAUCAGAAUAGGGUCACUUUCAUAUUUCUAACCUUAAUCAGGGGUUGGACAUGUGAGCUCAUCUUUCACACCUGAGAUAUGUAUAUGUUAAAUAUUUCAUUACUCUAAAAUGGAUCAUGUACAUUGUUUUGUAUGAUAGGGAGAAACCUUAGAACCAAGUGUCCAUCCAUUCUUACUAUGGGAAUAGUAUUGUAAUUAUAAACUUGUUUAUAUAAAUAAGAAAGUUAUAAUUGUUUAAUUGAAGAGAAAGAUAUUUUGUACACUUUUUUAAAAAUAAAUAUUUAUUUAACUUUAA